AUGGAUGCAUUUCUGGCUCGGGUGUCUUACCAUGCCACGAGUUAUGCGAUACGAUCGGCUGUAGCAUUGACCUCGAGCCUCGUGGUCCAACAAGGCUCCAGGCUGCUCAAGACUGUUGACGAUCAGCCUCUAAGAGCAGAGCUGGCUGCUUUGCAACGGCGCUUGGCCCGGAAAAUUGAGCUCAUCUCGCCAAUCUUGGAGUCUAUCGAGUUUCGCUACACAAGAGGCAAUACAGCACUGGAGGCCGUGGUACGAGUAGGCAGAGAACUCCGAGAGGAUAUUGACCUGCUGGCCGCAAGGUAUCAGGAUGCCGCCAUUCUCGAAGAGCGGACCGCCAGGGGCUUGAAGCCCCCAUCUGCCCGAGAUGGCCGGGCAGAGCUGCUCUCCAUCCUAGCAGAAACAAAGCAGCUCAUGCUCAGCAUCGAUGACCUGAUUCCUUCCAUCAACCUUUGGGUUUCUGCGAUUGGUGGCGUUCAGACUGAGCAGUCUACAUUUUCUCCUUCGCGUCUGCUCCAGGCGAGCAUGUUGGUCAAUGUGAGCGACUCACAGUUCGUCCUCGAUCCAUUCCGGCCCAUGCAGAUAGGACCAGACUUCACCCUGUCGCUUUACAUGUUAUUCCGCGGCCACGCUUCGGCAGAAAACGGCGAGGCGUAUGGCAUCGAGGAAGGACAGAGGAAACCAAUGUGGCAAGAAGUCAUACACAAGGCACGCGUCCGGCUAUAUCGCAUACCCACAGGUUUCGAGGAUAACGAGGAGUUGGAAACAGACCAGGAGAGUAGACCAGCCAUGGGAUACGCAUAUCAGCUGCAGAUUCUCGAAGACUUGGAUGAUGGACGAGUUCAUACAUUCGAAAACGGCAACCUUGAACCUGGAUCAUACGAUGGUCUCUCUCUUGCUGGCGUCAGAGAGAACAUACCCAUUGGACAGAUUUCAAAGAUGUUUUACGCGGACGUAGGGAGGAUACUGAACAUUAAUAACGAAGAUGGUGCCUCCAGCAAUCCGGUUUUGCUAUUGAAAAGAGACACCUCUUCAAUGACUCCCAACCCCACAGCAGCUAACGGCAACCUCCAGAUUCAGGAAAAGUCAACUCGAUUGAUCCCAAGUAUAGAGGCUCCUGAUUCUGUCUCCGACUCCACUCUGUCCGAAUGUAGUGAUCAGGAUGACAUUGAUCGCCAACUUCGGGAAGAGAGUCAGGCAGCGGAGCAAUUAACUCAUGAGGAGAGUGAUUUUCCUGAAGGAAAGGCUGUGGACGAAACUUUUACAACAUCACCAUGGACCAUACCAAGCCAUCUUGAUCCGGAAUGGCUCGCACUCGAGGUCUUUGAUUUCAAUGACGACGACACUGCCUCAACCUCGUCCCUAGAUGACGAAGACCAUGAGCCCGUUGUACGACCACGGGACGGCACUUCACCAAUCCCCAAGACCACCAAACCUCUAGCGUUACAUAGAACAUCAGUGGACAGCAAUCUUGUCAGCCAAUUACAGCGCAUGAGCAUCGCCAACGGAUCCGGCCACUCAUCCUCGCGGUCUUCAAGCUCGUAUCAUCGACACAGCAACGGCCACGAAGCCAUUGGCUCCUCGGUAUCUGCAGACCUCGUUCAUGGCCAUCACCACGACAGGCUGGCAUCGCUGUCCCCCAGUACGGUAGAACGGUCGCCGUUUGGGGCCAUUCGAACCUCGCUCUCGCUGCUCGAGAUGUUGCUCCGUCUUGCCAGCCUUCAAGAGUUUGAACAGACCACUCACCUCUCCAUCCCCGACCAUGUUCUCAAAUUCUACCUGGAUGAAUCCGCUUCAGAGAGUGGCCUCCACGGGAAAGAGCGCUGGGCCGCGAGGGCCGAAACCUCGCGGAAAAUGGGCUUUGACCCGUAUGUUGACCCGCCGGGCGGAAACGGCGGGGGCACAGCCGGCAUCUGA